AUGACCAAAGCAAGAACUUACAACAUCCUCAUCCUCCCCGGGGACGGCAUCGGCCCUGAAAUCAUGGCCGAGGCCACCAAGGUGCUCUCCGCCUUCAAUACAUCCACUGUACAGUUCAACACCCGCUCAGAGCUCAUCGGCGGGUGUAGCAUCGAUCGCCACGGCAAGUCGAUCACGGAUGAGGUCAAGGAAGCAGCUCUCGCUUCGGACGCGGUGCUGUUCGCUGCCGUGGGCGGUCCGAAAUGGGAUAAUAUGCGGAAGGGGCUGGAUGGGCCGGAGGGCGGGUUGCUACAGCUACGGAAGGCGAUGGAUAUCUACGCGAAUUUGAGACCCUGCUCGGCGGAUUCGCCGAGUAGGAGUGUUGCGAGGGAGUUUAGUCCGUUUCGACAGGAGAUCAUUGAAGGGGUGGACUUCGUAGUAGUGAGGGAGAACUGUGGCGGGGCGUAUUUCGGUAGGAAGGUGGAAGACGAUGAAUAUGCAAUGGACGAAUGGGCCUACUCCACCUCCGAGAUCCAACGCAUCACUCGUCUCUCUGCUGAGCUGGCUCUGCGCCACGAUCCCCCAUGGCCCGUCAUCUCGCUGGAUAAGGCCAACGUGCUCGCGUCCUCACGGCUCUGGCGCCGCGUCGUCGAAAAGACCAUGGCAGAGGAGUACCCGCAGGUGAAACUGGUGCAUCAGCUGGCGGACUCCGCGUCGUUAAUUCUGGCGACGAACCCGCGCGUGCUGAACGGCGUGAUUCUGGCCGAUAAUACCUUUGGUGAUAUGAUUUCUGACCAGGCGGGUUCGAUAGUUGGAACGUUGGGCGUGUUGCCGAGUGCAAGCUUGGAUGGGCUACCCUCUGAGACCCGGAGGAGGACUAAUGGGCUGUAUGAACCUACACAUGGGUCGGCGCGACGUAAGUUUUCUCAUACUUUCUUAAACUCUCAACACUGGUAUUGCUUGGAGUUCAAGCUAAAGGUAGAUAGUAUCGCCGGCAAGAACAUCGCCAACCCCGUUGCUAUGAUUCUCUGUGUGGCGCUGAUGUUCCGGUACUCUCUGGAUAUGGAACGUGAAGCACAGCAAAUCGAAGAGGCUGUGCGAACUGUUCUAGACUCCGGCAUCCGCACGCCAGAUUUGGGUGGAAAAGCUGGGACGACGGAAGUCGGUGAUGCGAUUGUAGCUGUGCUGCGCGGGGAGAAAUUGUAG